GCCUUUCUUUUUCUGCUCGCCGUCAAGAUGGGUAAGCCUCGUGGACUUCGUUGUGCUCGAAAACUUCGAAAUAGGCGCCGUGAACAAAGAUGGCAUGAUUUGCAAUACAAGAAAUCUCAUUUGGGAACUGCGUUGAAAGCCAAUCCAUUUGGAGGAGCGUCUCACGCAAAGGGAAUCGUCUUGGAAAAAAUCGGAGUUGAAGCCAAGCAGCCGAAUUCUGCCAUCAGAAAAUGCGUUCGUGUCCAACUCAUCAAGAACGGAAAGAAAAUCACUGCUUUCGUUCCUAACGAUGGUUGCUUGAACUACAUUGAGGAAAACGACGAAGUUCUGGUUGCUGGAUUUGGACGUAGCGGUCACGCUGUCGGAGAUAUUCCCGGAGUUCGUUUCAAGGUUGUGAAGGUCGCCAAUGUGUCCUUAAAAGCACUUUUCACCGGUAAAAAAGAACGUCCAAGGUCAUAAAUGUGUGAUUUGAGAAGUAUGUGAAAUAAAAAUUGGAAAAAAUA